AGAAGCACUUCCGCAGUGUCACGGUUCAUUCAAGCCUCGUCUAAACUGUUGGUUUCGUUAAAAAAUGACUAAAAUCAAAGACAAAAGCAAAGAAAAAGUCAGCGUCGCCACUGAGAUUGACCGACUGGAGGAGCGACGGGCGCGUUGCCAGGACAACCUGGACAGGGCGGAGUUUAGGAGCAGGAAGGAGCAACUCUCUGAUAUGGAGAGGCAGGAACUGGAAGAAGAAAUGACAAUCAUUAAGGAAAGGGUGCAAAAAUUAGACAAAGAGCUGUCGACUUUAAGAAGCGAGAAUCGGAAGAACAUGCUCCUCUCGGUUGCUCUACUCGCUGUCAGCGCUCUACUCUACUUUGUGUUUUUCGAUAGUGAAGAAAACUCAUGAUGUCACACAGUUUCUUAAAGGGACCUUUUGAAUGAACAACAACUUCUAGAUUUUUUAAGAUAUGUGAAAAAGAGGUGCAGAUCUGUGCUGAUGAAACACCUCACAUCUGCCUUUAGAUGGCAGCAUUUCAUCAUCUGGCCAUUGGUCUGUUUUAAUCCCGCAGUCCACCACAGCUUCUUUAACUGAUGAUUAACCAUGUUGGAACAGUUGAUAAUGGUCUGUUCUUCCAUCUACAUUUAUUUCUCAGUAGAGCUGAUUUUAUCUCACGUCUCUCUGUUUAUUAUUUCAGCAGCAGCAUUUUUUUCAUGCUAUUUGAAUAGUUACACGUGGUUUAUCAGGUAACAAAAUUGAAUGAUUCAUCCAUGUGUGAUUCACCCGUUAUCCCAUGAUAAUCCUGAAGCACAUGUUGGACUGGAUCUGCACAUCAUCACGACUGAAUUACCUGUAAAGUAACACUUGUAACCCAAGAGUGACUUUAAUUCAGUUUAUAUGCAGUGACUUAUUAUUUUACAGUUAAUUAUGACAUUCAAGAUGACAAAGAACCAAGAGACAUCGUCUCGUGCCAUAAAUAAAUAAAUAAAUGAAUGUAAUGUUACUGUAUGUUAUAUAUUGGUAUUACUUCGUGCCAAUUAAGACAGUUUUUAAAGUGCAUGAUCCCUGUUCUGUAAGCAACUACACAACAGACUGAGAUUGUUAUGGUUUUCUUUUCAAAUGUGAGCAGUUUUGUUGUUAAUGGUUUUACAGUUUCAUGUCACUCUUAUGAAUACAGAAGAUCAUCAGGAUAAAAAUGUAUGGCUUUCAUAAUCAUUUCAUAAUAAUCAAGACUCAUUUUAUCCUGUCUCCUCUUUAAUACACAUUUUCAAAUUAAGGACUUAAACAGACCUAAAAAUAAUAGCCUAAUUGCAAUCAUCUAGAUAAUUCCAGUUUCAACUGUAUGACGGCAGAAACGUGUGAAUCAGUUAGUUUUCUUUUUCAUAAUACAACUUUUCUGCCUCAUGUAAAACAUGAGCUGAUGAUUCUUUUUCACAUUUAUUCCUGUUCUGCCUUUGAAAGUUGCAAAAAAAACAUUUAAAUGUAGUAGUUUUAUUCUUGUAGCCCUUCCUCUCUUAGUCUUAUAAUCAAAGAUACACUUCAUGUAGAUACAAAUCAUCAUAAAUAAAUAAAUAAUUACCUACAAUGUGUCAGCCCAUUUCAGAAUUAUUCAAAUCGUUCUCACAGAUCAGACCAUACCAUAAAAUGAUUAUGGAUUCUGUCUUUUAAUAGCAAUUCUUGCCAGUAAGCAAAAACAUAUGAUCAGGCUUUGCCUGUGUUUUAGAUGAUGGAUAGUUGUGUGAUGGGACAAUUCAUCCAAAAUGUAUGUCAAGCUCAGCAAACAGUUGUUUGUGUGUCCUCCCUCCUACACACACUAUUAUCACCAACACAGUCUCGCCCACACACGCACUCAUUCUCUCCUCCCCAGAUAAAACAAGUGUAAACAAGCUCAUUACGCAACACAGCUGUGGGAUAGAGAGGCCGAUUGUGGUCACUCAAAGUUUGAAGAAUUCUUUUUUUAUUUUUUUAUUAUAAAAUAGUUUUCAUGACUCAUUGUGUUAAAGUGGCUUCAUGUUUAGAUACGACUCAAAAAAAGAGAGAAAGAAUGGGUCUGAGGACCAAAAUGUCAGCUGUCACUUUAAAUACUGUGUGAUGUAAUGCAGAGGGAUGUUUGAGCUUACCCACAGCAGGGGGAAGGUUAGUGGCCGCACUCGGGUCAGAUUAUGGACGUUGCUGAGCAGUCGUUUGGUUAACUUUUUUUUUUUUAACUGCCCUUUUGGGUCAAUUCAUUUGAGUCAAAUGACAUGAUGAAGUUUUUAGAUCAGAUGUUUGGUCAAAUGGUAACUUAAACUUCAUAUUUGUGUCAUCCGAGGUAUAAGCACCAAUGCAUUAUGUACAUUUAAAAAGCAGUUUCACCUAUUUUUUUCCCCCACUUGGUCAAAGGAAGAAUAAUCUCAGAAUAAAAAUCAUUAUGAUG